AAAAAACACCAGGGAAAAGGGAAAAGGGAAACAACAGCAAACACCAGAGAAUUGGCAGCUGCCACAACUUAUUACAGUAUAACUCAAUACAAUUUAGGGAAGAUUUAUUGUAGGACUGUUGUAUUUUAGCUAUAGGUGAACCUCUGUGUUAAAAGUUGGUUCCAGACUUCAAAGAAUGGAUAUCAUGUCUGUGACUAUGAUGGAUAUCCUGUUACAUAUACGUGGUAGGAACACAGCAGAACAGAGACAACAUGUUAAAUCAUCUGAUAUGAGUUCCAGAUGAGAUUUGAGCGUGAAACGGCGUGACAAGUGCAGGGCAGAAACGUCGGUGCUGUGGUCCUGCCCCUCCUGCUGCCGCACUAUAAGAUUGUAGGUCUCCUCCUGGAGCCGGUCCACACAGACAGGAUGCACUCCUCAUGCUGCCCUUCUGCCUCACCACAGACACUGAAGGUGAUGUGUGUUCGGAUGUGUAUUUUCUACUCCACCAUGUGUCUGGCAGGCUGGCCGCAGUCCUCGGAGGCAGCCAGACGCCGCUGUGGUACUGAUCUCCUCAAUGACCUCAUAUUUGUGUGCGGGGAUCGUGGAAUCUAUUUAGGUAAAGGUACGUGGUCUGGUUACGGCUCUCGGCCCAGAGGGAAGGGGAUAGUGGACCAGUGCUGUCGGCCAGCUGGCUGCGAACUUCAGCAUCUGGAGAUGUACUGUGCCAAACCAAAGAACCAGCAGCACACCACAGCAUACCCAACUACAACCACAACCACAACCUCAACCACAGCGCUUCAUACCACUACAGAGCAAGACACGACUCAGCAGUUCCAAGCAGUGUUUCAGAAAAGACUCUCUGAGCACCUGGGGGCUCCCAACAGUCCAAAGAGGGAAGCUUACAGAAAGAAAACGCAGACUUCACUUCGACGGAAAGGCAAAGUUGCGUCGUCACGCAGGAGGAGUAAAACAAGGAACACAACCAGCAGCCCUCCGUCAACCUCUGGGAGUCCCCCUCAAAGAAUGACGUUUCAAUCGUGGCCUUUGACCUCAUGAAAAGCUCAAUAUUUAUGGUUACUGGAUUGGACCCAGCAAGUUCGAAAGACUGAUGCUGACUGUUGUAAUAUUAAUUCUCUACUAAGUAGGGAUCACAGACAGAUUUGGAGGGAGUGGUGUUUGUGUCCUCUUUAUAAAUAGAACUCCUCCUGAGGGAAAUAUCUGUCUCUUUAGCUGUGUUCACCAGCUAGUGCCUAUAACUGUGUCUGCCUGCCGUUUGCUGCUGAGCAGGUAGUCUACAGUGGCUUUUUACGUUUAAUGUGUGUGGGAAAGAGCUGCAUGGGUCACAUUAGUUGAUAAUGUGUUUACUUAGAUGUGCUGUUUUUUAACAGAGAACUAAUCGUGACACCGAUAUGUUAGCUUGUCAUCCACUGUGGCUAAUAAUGUUUUCUGAUUAGUCUUUUUUAACACAUUAAUUAUCAUAGAUGUAUGACAUAUAUGUGACACACCUGCAAAGAGUGUGUAGUGUGGAAUACAGUGCACAGCAUGUUAAUACUUUUUAUAGCACUUUUGACUGGCUUACGGUAUGUAGCUUUAUGUGAUUGGGGUCCAGACAUUAGAAUGUACCAAAGAAGUGUGUGUAGCCUUAAACUUAUUGAAUGGGUCUGUAGAACUUGUCAGUUGUACUGAUUUGUUUUUAUUCUUUUCUCUGUCUGAGAUUAAGAAGUAAGAUGUUUAUUAUUUUGUGUUUUAUGUAAAAGAAUUUUAUUGCAUUCGUUAUUUAUUAUGACAACAUAAGACUAUAAUAAAUAUUAAAACUUAA